AUGGGCAACGAAUUCAGAAUUUCACUAACUACUUUAAACCUGUACUCAGUGUUUCCAGUACCUGUAUUUAUUAUUUCAUUUGCUCAUUCUUCAGACAAUAUUGCUUUACGAAAACCUGCACAGCAGCAGUAUCCUUAUGAUACCUCUAAGUGGGGAGCGGAUCUAGCGGUGGACGGACAGAAAUCAGACUUAUCUGGUAAAGGAGGACAGUGUACGUUAUCCAAGAAUGAUAAAAGAACAGCAAAGUGGUGGGUGGAUCUAGGAGGUGUCGUCAGUAUACAUAGCAUAACCAUAUACUACAGGACGGAAAACCUGGCCUGGGAUGAAAAUAACAACUUACCAUCGAGAUUUUUGGGAUUUCAUGUCUACGUAUCCAACACAACCAGUAGACGAGACGGCCAUCUUUGUUUCCGCGAUAGGAGCUACACAAGAGCGACCAUUCCGGCCGUGGUCAACAUUGCCUGUCCAGUACACGGGCAAUAUGUUAUUUAUUACAAUGAAAGACUCUCAGGAACUACCUAUCCUAGUGGUUAUUCUGCCUAUGCAUUCAAUGAACUCUGUGAAGUCGAGGUUUACGGGUGCGCUGUGGCCGGAUAUUACGGAUUUAAUUGUAAUCUUCCUUGUCCCGAUACGAACUGUCGGCAUUGUAAGGCAGGAAGUGGUGCCUGCCAGGCGUGUAAACCUGGGUACCAGGGACAUCGAUGUGAACAAGCUUGCGACCCUCACUAUUAUGGAGAGUUAUGUAGCUUAACCUGUGGUAACUGUGGUGACGGGGUGACGUGUAACAAUGUAGACGGAACGUGUACAAACGGAUGUGACGUCGGUGUAUAUGGAGACAAAUGCAAAACACAAUGUAAUGGAAGGAAAUAUGGACUUGGCUGUGAAUAUGGCUGUGGAGCCUGUCUGGAUAACAAACAAUGCCAUCACAUAAACGGAGUGUGUCUCAUGGGAUGUGACGCUGGGUAUGAAGGGGAACUUUGUAAGACUGAAUGUUCAGCAGGGAAAUUCGGGAGGAACUGUGAACAGAUGUGUAAUAUGAAGUGUGGGAUACCCAAUACAUGUAAUUCAAAAACUGGAGGAUGUGAAGGCGGGUGUCAACCAGGAUAUGAGGGACUACACUGUGAUAGUGAAUGUCCCCUUUACACCUAUGGUAACAACUGUAUGGAAACUUGUGGUACUUGUAAGGACUUUAAGAGCUGUCAUCACGUGUUUGGUACUUGUCCAAAUGGCUGUGUAAGUGGAUAUACGGGAAAUCUUUGCAAGGAAGUUUGUAAGGCGGGAUAUUAUGGAAGCAACUGCACGAAUGAGUGCAGUCUAUAUUGUAAAACACCACGUGACUGUAACCACGUGACUGGUCAUUGUAUUGACGGAUGUAUCUAUGGAUGGCAGGGAGUUUACUGUCAAGAAGUGGAAGAUGUAACGAAAUCCUCGAGCUUUUAUGGUGUCCUGGCAUCUCUCUUUGUCAGCAUGAUAGCAAAUGCGGUGUUGGGUACCUACACGUAUAUUAUGAGAAGAAAACAAAAAGGAAGACACAGUAACGAGAACUGCGUAGAGAACAGUUCUACAAAGAUAUGGAGUGUGGAAUUAUCAGACGUGCAUGAGAAAACUGAUGAACACGCAGACGAUAUUUAUCAGGAGCUGGGGAACGAAACGGAGACAGCGUACUACGACAGGGUCCGUUAA